AUGGCAUAUUCAUGAACAUUGGGGUUUCUUGAAUCGCUUUUGAUGAUGGUGAGGAAGUUGCACCUUCAUUGACAACGGGAUCCAUUGAAGAAAUGGCCUGGUUGCUCCUGUCCUUGCCACGGAACGUUGAAUCAACACACUGGCUGAUGUUAGGGGCCCCAAUAAGUUCAUUCUGAUUCUUGGCCACCUCAUCCUCACUGUGCCCCUUCUGGAUGGCGGGGCUAAUGCCAAUGUUGGCAUCUCCCUUGUUUUGAAAGGAAAUCUGUUGAACUGAGUAGACGUGGGUCUUUUGGUUGAUUCGUGAUUCCAAGGUAGCCAUGGAUGGAGGCUCAGCAGAGAGAUCUUGUAUGGUAUCUUUUUCAUUUUCUUUGAGGAUUCUAAUUUCGUCCAAUUUUUGACUGCUUGUAUGGAUAUUCUUGCUGUCCGUGGGGUCUUGUUGCGAGGAUUCCUCUGGAAGCGGUGGUAAAAUAGGCUGGUUUUUUGUUGUCAGUCCUUUUGGCUGCUGUGCGACCGGCUGAAAGGUAGGAUCCUCCAUGUCCUCGGUAUCCUGCAGAUUCUGUGCUGUUGGGUACAUGUGAGGGGCAAGUAGCUCAGCAUCUUGGAAAUGAGUUGUGACGGAAGAAGCACAGCUCGUGUCUUCUGGCCGAUCAGGGACGUCAAUCACACUGGGUAGUUCCACGACCGACUCAUCGUCUAUGCGCCCACCUGUGCCUGCGCCAAUUCCAGAGGCAGGCUCAUUGUUGUCUUGGUAGUUCAUACUGUACUAGAAGAGUGCUGGUAAGGUACAUGCACUACCGGUAGUAGCUGCUGUCUGUGUUGUCUUGUGGGGUUCGAUAUCAACGCCAAAGGUGUUGUGUUUUGUGGGUCGAUUGGUUGGAGCGAAUUUUGCGGUCAUUGCCACUGAGCCGGCUCUAAUAAUAAGUAACCCAAUUUGUUGGAGUUCCUGUGUUUCAAUGCCAUGAAACGGGCUGGCAUAUGCAGGCAUGGGAGUACUCAAUGGACUCAAUGGGCUUCUAUCAGGUUUGCUGGGGACUAUGCUAUUACAAGGUUUCAAAAGCUCGCUACAUCGUUGUCGUAUUUUCGUACUAGCUACCUAGUACCUUUCGGAAAUGUCGCAUUUCAGAAAUUUCCGGAAAAGCCUUCAUUUACUAUUAAUAAUGCUUUGUAUACCGCUUUCAGAAAGUCUCCAUGCCUCUCGCUCAACGCCUCGUCCCAAACAUGUUGCCGGCACGAACACAGAAUUGUUCGAUGUGCCUUGCAUUCAUUCGAGCAAGUGGACGAAAGGUCUUGGUGUGUCUAGAUAGCGAAGCUUUAGAAAAGAAACCCUAUUCCUCUUGCAAUGGAUACCUUUGAAAUUGAAGCUCCCGAUGACCAUCAGCCGUUGUUUUCCACACACUAUUCUGCUUCCAGUCGCCAUCAUGAAGAUGGAGGAGGGAUGGGUCGUUUUCUCAGCAGGACAAAUUACAGUUUGUUUGGUCAGGGAGAGCCUUCGGCAUCUGAUGGUGGGAUCGUGAGGGAGUACAUUCAAUACGCGAUUGCCCAAAUCCAGCAGCUCUCUGUUCCAGCCAAGAAAAUGUUGGGCGCAUGUUUGGCUCUGUUGGCCAUAUUCGUCUUUUGGAUCGGUACAAUCCGUGGAUCCAAAGAAAACAACAGGCCUAUGAUGGUUACAGGCGACCAACACGACAAUAUACCUCCACCCAUUCCGGUCGCACAUAGUUUCUCCUUUGGAGGGUUGAACAAUGUCAACCACAAUAAUAGGGACAAAGAACCACCGCCCCCGCCGCCUCCACCAGAUAUCGUGUUGGAAGAACAACUACAAGACGUGUUGGAAGACGAAGAGUUGGAAGAAGAAAUCGAAAUGGAUGUCAGCCUCAGAAUGGGGCCAUGGGAUGUAACGUUAGAGAACAAGCUCAAUGAACAAGCACAUUACUUGCAUGAUCCCUACUUGUCUCCCUUUUCUUCGGGGAUCUAUACAGCGUCUGAAGAGGAAUUGGACAAGCGACAAGAUGCCUUUUCGGAACGAAUGCAACGAAUCAAAGAGGAAUUUGGGGAAUGGAAUAAUCCUCCUCCAAGAAUGUCCAAUCCGGUGGAUUUUGACGCCUAUCUCUACAGGGAUAUCCCCUUGGAGCACUUUACAGGACUCAAUGCCUGGCAACGGGACAAGAAAUACCUUGCCAAAUUCUUGGAUGAAGCUGAUGCAUUGAUAGAAGCCGUGAAGGAGGGCAUCAUGCAGGAAUAUGGAAAGCCCAACGUGCAUGAAAAGCAGCCUUUUGAUGUGAUUAUAGGGACCGACAACCUCGAAGUUCUCAAUGGCACCGCAGUGAAUCAUUCUACACUCGAACCGUUGCCGGGGGUUGCCUAUUUGAGCACCCCAGCUUGGGAUGGACUUGUGAGAAAACUGCUCCAUGCCAUUAUCACAGAAGAUUACUUUUAUGUGGUUGUAGCAGGAACCAUGGAGACUUAUGGCGCCAACAACUUUGCUCAGUCCCAAGUCAUGCAGUUCAACUAUAUCAUGGAACCCGUCUUGCACAAGCUCGGCAUUACCUUGAUUAGCCGCAACAUGGGCAUGAACGCCUCUACCGCUGUUUCAGCCCUAGGAGGGGCAGAUAUCUAUGGUGAAACGGAUAUUCUUUGGCAUAUUCAAGACGAGCAUACCGAAGAACGCCCUGGUGUCUUUGAUCUGUUGCAUCGACAAGCCAUCAUGUCGGGAGAACGCGUCCCAAUAAUCCUCAGUUCGAACACUGAUGAGCUAACUCUAGCAUCCAAACGCUCUGCGUGGGUCGGCAAUAUUCAGCCUGGAAUCCAAAUGUGCCACAAAACCCAUAUGCCUGUUUGCCAACUCUGCGCCCCUACGCACGAUCAAGAACACCGCUGCGAACAUGUCUACAAUUCAGUGUGCUGGGAGCCAAGAAGCGAUUGGAAUGGAGUAGCGCAGCACAAUGGCGUGGGGAUGCAUGACAAGGGAUUCCCUGGCUACCGCGAGCAUCAACUAGAGGGACGGAAAAUGACGUUGCUUGUUCUGCAGGGACUUCAUGCUGCCAUUGAUAUUUGGCGUCAAGAAUUGCUCAGUAGUGGAGAAAAAAGUUCCCUCCCAUUGGACCCCUCACUAUGGCACGUCGGAGAGACUUAUACUGCUAUUCGGAAGUCCGUAAUGACAUUGAAAGAUAGAAAACCUGGCGAAGCCGCGGGGCUUACUGCAAGCUGCGAGUUACUGAUGAAAGAUCUUGACCCACGAAUAUGUCAUGUUCCCAUGCGGGCGUGGACGGAAUGGACCCCCCGGGUCGUUCCGAGCGACCUACGUCUCUCCGCCAUUGUCAACAACCUAAUCGAGGGAAUGGAGGAUGACGAUGAAGAUGCCUACGAUGGCCCAGACAUUGUUCCGUUGGCGUGGCUGGUUCCAGAUCCUUAUCUUGACGUGCAUAUGAUUGCAAUUGCUGCCAACAACACGCUAGUAGAAGACGAUGAUGCUUUCUUGGACGAAAUGUAUUGGGGUGGUCGCAGGCUUGAAAUCGCUGACCAGCACAAUGGUGGGCCAAUAUCGAGAAGCAGGGAACGGCCUUUCUCCGCUGAUGAUCGGAAGAACGCCGAUUCUGCCAAGAGACCAGCCCAAACAACAGUGGAUCCUGCAGAGUCAUCGUCACACUCCCGGCGAACAAUGAUAAUAGAGGAACCGGAACAUGUUGCGGCUGGUUCUGGGUGGCGGCUGGUGGGUGCCCCACAUGGAUUCUGUGAUGGAAGUGCCCAGUCUCGUUGCCGGCGUACAAGCCACAAUCCGUGCUUGCUGGCAAAUUUCAAUCAUUUCAAGGGCAGUAUCAUGGGGACGGUCAAGACUGGCUGGCUAAAAUUCCUUGUUGCGGGAGUCCACCACGGUAUUGUGCUGGCUCGUUUGGAGUUUGGCCACAUGAAGCUCCCUGAUGACUUUGUGUUUGACUUGUCCGUCAACGGACAAGUCAAGUCGUACAAGCCGGAAGAAUUGAGUGCUUGGAGUACAACUAUUGUGGAUGGCUUGACCGUAUAUCCCCUUGUUCUGGAAAGCAAGUUUCCAUCUGAAAAAUCCCCAGGCCUACCGGAUUCGUACGACGUUGCGAUACGGAUACAAAGUCAGCAGAAUCCAAACUCCCAAGUGCGAAUAUCCCACGUAUACUUUGCCUAACUGGCAGCUUGAAGGAUAUCUGCUUCUCUCGAACUCGCUCUCGUGUUGCCAUUGACGUUGGCAAGUGGCUGGUGUACCAGAUACAGUACGUGUCGGUCGAAUGCGUCCACGUCGGCGUCGUUCGUUCCUUGCGGUACUGGGUACCAGUAGCUAUCUUGAGCCUCACUUGCAUGAUCGUUCGAGCACCGCUCUCGGCUGCUUCUCCCGAAAUGUUUGUCUUCUUGAAGCGACGCACCCUACUCUUUCCUUUCCACUUCCUUGGACCCUGUGAAUCCCAGUUGCAACCAUACACACUUCGUUUGCCAUGAUUAAGAUGAACUGUGAUCAAAGUCACAGCAACGAUACCCCAUCAAUCGUUCGUCCCGGUGCGAUCGUGUCAAACUUUGAUGGUGUUGCUGCUUGGACUACCCCCGUUUGUUUGCGUCAAGGGCGACUUGCACUUCAAUAGCGACUUCAAAGCUACUUCAAUAGUGACUUCAAUAGAUAGCUACUGGUACAUUAUUAAAAUACUAAACGAAACUUUGAAGAUUGA